CGCACGGACCACUGCGCUAUCUGGAUGCCCGAGGCCUCCCUGUUUUUUUGCCACAGAGAGCACAUAUGCAUCAAAGAGAGGAACUGAUACAAAUGUAGCAGAGCUUCACACGGACUGUCACAUUUUCAACAAGACAUAGAGAUGCGGGUGCAGCUGCCUUCAAAAUCAAUCCAGUAAGGUUCAUGCUCAGGAGAAGAGCUCAUUUGAUGUAAGAAGAAGAAUGAUGUUGGUGUGCAACAGCACCACCAACGCCACCAAUAAUCAAGUGGACCCUCUUCAGGGUUCGGGGUACAGUAUCGUGUUUCUCUUGGGUUUCCUUGUCAAUGCUGCAGCUCUGCGGGCCUUCAUUGCCAAACGGGGCCCCUGGACAGACACCCACAUCUACAUGCUAAACCUGGUUAUAGCUGAUACUGCUCUCAUCCUCUUCAUACCCCUAAGGAUCUAUGAUGCCUUCUACAGCCUGCCCAGGAGUUUAUUGUGUACAUUCCUCAUUUUCCUACAUUACAUCAACAUGUAUGCCAGCAUUUUGACCACCACGGCCAUCUGUGUCCAGCGCUACCUGAUCAUAAGGUUCCCGCUGCAGGCCAGAUCCUGGAGAAAGAAGAAAGAGACAGCUUGUGCUGUGUGUUUGGUCAUAUGGGGACUUCUUGUGACAAUAUGUGCUGUAUUCCGAAAUGAUAAUCACCCUGAGAAACUCUGGACCUGUUAUGAAAGAUGUAAAGACAUCCCACUUCAUCCAGAGUUCAUUGCCAUUCUGGUGUGUCUAGGCUUCAUCACGCCACUGUUGAUCAUUGUCUUCUGCUCCAGUCGCAUCAUCUGUAUUCUGUUAAAGGUGGAUGAUAAGUCGGAGGAAAGGAAAAGCACCAUUGGCAUAGUAACAGCGAACAUGAUUGUGUUUGUUGUCUGCUACACACCGAUCCAUAUUGGCUUUAUUGUCAACUACUUUGAAAAAGUACCUAAAAACUGGCAGUCUAAAUACUUACCUGCACACAUGUAUCUACUUGUGGCUGAAUGGAUCGCCUCCACAAACUGCUGUUUUGACUCCAUCAGCUAUUAUUUUCUAUUGAAACAGUUUUAUUCUUAAGUAAAAGGGAGUGCAAACAUGUACGUAUACUUAUUUUAGAAUGCACAAUGUUAAACAAAUGAUAUUGUUGCCUCUGGAGGAACAAGACCCCUGAUAAUGUCAUCAGGGUAGUCUUGGUUUGGGCGUGAGACUUAACAUCUCUGACAUAAACCCACAUAACACACUGGAAGUGUGAAGUGUAAAAGAUAUUGCAUUAUGGAAAUUGUAGGAUAGAGCAGGAAUACCGUUUUUUGUUUUUUUGCCAUUUGUCAAUGUCUGACUGAUUGACAUUUUGUGAUGACUACUUUUUCGUUGUAUGAAGUCUUGUGUGUGUGUGUGUGUGUGUGUGUUUUGGAAUAUAAAUACCUGUUAGGUAACUUACUCAAUCUUGUGUUGACUUUACUGCUCUGUGUUAUGUUCAAAGCCUUAUAUCAAAGCAGAUAACAAGGGGUAUUCUUAUCUCUGACCUCCCUACUAAUAAAAACUACAGUCUGUGUCUAGCUCAGCACCCCAGACAGACCACGUCCACCCAAUACACAGGCACCAAUGGCCUGGGAGUUCAAGUCUUCCUCUCCCUCACAGAGCCCCGAUAAAUGAAAUCCAGUGCCCGGCUCCCUCUUGUGACAAGAAAAGUGAAUGCUUGAAAUAUUGCCUGUCUGCUCUGGAGCUUUGUUGUGAAGUUUGAAAUUGCCAAUCUGAUGACAAACACGUCUCAUUAAUGGAAGAUAAACUGCAAUCAUGACAUACACAUUACUUGAGACCGCCGUGAAUUGCAUUUAUAAAUGUGUGUAUAUACGUGGGCACCCGUAUAAUGAGAUGCAUUUAUUACAAUGAGUGCGUUCGGAUCCACACUCAACAACAUUAGCAGUCAAUUAUAUGAUGCCAUUUAAUAGCAGUACUCCAAAGAUCGAUGGUUAUUAUAACAGCUGUACCUUACCAACUGCAAA